AUGAAAUUAUAUUUCGUGCUGUGGUCUCCUAUUGAUAUAGACGCCCUGCAAUCGAAAAAGAGUAAGUUCUCUUUUAUUCCCUCCAUUUUACGAGGUUCCUUAUGGAGACAAUCAAAUUCUGAGAAUACCGACAUCAAGGAAUGUUGGGCUGUUUACGUCGUAAAGGAAGGGAAAAACUUGAACGAAGCUUUAUGCCGACCGUACUUUGAGUUGCGUUCUCGAAUACCAGCUGAAGCGGUCUGCUCAGUAAAGAAAUCAAUCAAUGAACGUAGCGUAAGCCGUUCCCGGCAUACAGCAAAGUCCUGUGUUCAGGUUGAUACGCCCAAUCACUCUGCCUCUGGUAAGAGCCUCUUUCGACCAGCAAAUUCUGUUGAGUGGUCCAAUGCCUACGCAUCGGAAGGGACUAUGGAUCAUUCUCAAGAGAGAAUGGCUUUGUGA